UUUAGCUGUAUGAAGAAAAAAGUUUAAAUCAAUCUAACAGUUAUCUCAUGUUCAAGUACGCAUUACAUACAGCAAGCACGUUAGACUUUUGUAUUGAUAUUGUUUCUCUAAGCCUAAGGUUGAGUUACCUUUUAGAGAAGAGAAUACCUACCAAUAAGGUGGCCACAUUCAUAGUCACAAAAAGGAGGACAUUACACACCAAAAAGGCGGACAUUACACCCAAAAGGAGGACAUCAUACCAGGAACAGGGGGACAUGACAAUCGUCUACCAACGAUUUACAUAAAAACGUUGUAUGACUUCAUAUUGAGACACUUGGACUGCAGCGUACUUAUCCAAAGCAGAAAUGAAUAAAAGAGAAGGUGUGGACUUUGCCCGAAAAAAGAAGACUGAAUCAACACAGCAAACGGAGGAGUCUGCUAAUGUAUCUUCUCUUGUGAUUGAUGCAUUCAAAGUGUUUCAACAAGAACUUGACACAAAGCAUGACAAAUACGAGUACUUGGUGAAACUCAGUCGAGACAUCACAAUUGAAAGCAAGAGGACAAUAUUUUUGCUGCACAGAGUGACUUGUGCACCCAACGUGGAAGAGGUGCUGAAUGAGGCAGAGAUUAAACUGCAAAGUGUGAAGCAAAAGAUUGGUCACAUAGCUGAGGAACUCAGAGGAGAAGAUCUUCACCAGUUCCACAAAGCAUUCACACCAGGACUACAGGAAUAUGUUGAGGCUGUGUCCUUUCAUCAUUUCAUCAAGCAUCAUACCCUUAUCAGUCUGGAGGAGAUAAACGCCUGUCUUAUAUUCAUUACAGAUGAGAGGAUGGAAACAAAGGUAUAUGACAAGAGUUUGUGGUCAGGAGCCCACGUGUUGACUUUUCAAGUUACACCCACCGACUACCUGCUGGGUGUGGCAGAUCUGACUGGUGAGCUUAUGCGUAUGUGCAUCAGCAGAGUUGGAAAUGGUGAUAUGGAAACACCAUUUAAGCUCUGUAACUUCCUGCGUCAGAUCUAUGAUGGCUUCUGUUAUAUUGGUAAUGUGGGACCUUAUGAGGUUUCCAAAAAGCUGCAUACUCUCCGACAGAGUCUUAGCAAGGUGGAAGAUGCCUGUUAUACUCUUAAAGUGCGUGGUUCAGAAAUCCCCAAACACAUGCUUGCUGAUGUUUUCUCAGGCAGGACAACAGUGUUUGACCAAGAUGAAGGAGUAGCAUAAAGCUGUGUUUUUUAUUAUUAUUUUUUUUCCAUCUGUUUAUCUUCAACAUUUGAUGGCUUUCUACUAAUGCUGUAACAUUUUCCAUGUUACAAUUUGAAUAUAUGUUGAUUAACAGAAAAUCAAAAUGAUGCUACCUUACCAUAACACAUGUAUUUAAUGAGUAAAAAUAUCUAAACUAUAAGAAAAAAAUUUAUAUUUGGCUGAUGGACACCACACCCAGUGUGACUCUGACCACAUUUUAGUAAAUAAUUAAAUAAUUAUUUCAAUGGUUGGAAUAAAAUUUAUUAUAUUUUAGGAUAAAAUCCAGCGUAGAAACUACCUUUGUUUAAGUUGUGCUCUGGUCAUCCUGUUCCUUUCUAUGUUUAUCGACACUAGAUAUUGGCCGAAAACUAAAAUUGUAUGGCAUUGUAAUCUAGUGGGUUAAACUAAGAAAUUUGAUGCAAUUAAUAUUUUCUCUUGUAUUAUUCAUGUUUUCUUUAUACUCUGGUAACACCAUGUGAAAAUGUAAAUUUCAGGCCUGGGUACUUAUGCGAUUUCCAGUACAUCUGAAAGCUAGGUUCUUUAAGGGAGCUUGGCUACAGUAAAAGUGAUUUACUUUUCUAGGUAAAUGGUCAAUUUUUUGUUGUUUUCCCCCCUUUUUUACCCAAUCCAGUCAUGGCCUGUUCGGAGCCUAUUUUUCUCUUGUUACUGCCACCGCCUCUAAUAAAGGAGGGCCAAGGCUGUCACAUGCCCCCUUCGACCUGUGCACAGCUGACAGUUGCUUUUUUUCACCUGACAGGGGGUGGGGUCUCAGAGCACAAUAUCGUGUGUGGAGAGCCAUAUGGCCAUCCAGGAUUAGUUGCUCCCCGUGUAUGGCUCUUGACCGUUAAGCAAAGGCUACAAUUGCACCAGCGAUGAGGAAUCCUGUUUUAGGCAAUGUCCUUCCCUCUACAGACACACGCAAAUCGUGUAUGAGAUCUCAGCACUGGUGGGCUAGCAUGUUUUACCGCUGUGCCACUUGAGCAACCCCUAUGUGUCAUUUCUUAUUUAAAGUUUUAUUAUGGCUGCAGUUUCCUCCCACAGUCCAAAAACUUGCAUUCAGGUUAACUGGAGAUACAAAAUUGCAUUGUUGUGUUUGUUAUAUGAUAUGCAGAUGUCUGUAUUGAUUAAGUAACUUCAAAAUAUUUGUGUGCUGCUGUUAAGUUUGCUUUUUGCCUGGAAUAAACAUUCUGUUGCUGUUUACCAAACAUUACUGUUUGUCACCAUCUUUAAAUAAAUAUUGCAUAUUUAUGUUGUUUUA